AUGUCCAACAGCAGCUCCAUCAGCCACUUCCUCCUGCUGGCAUUGGCAGACACGCGGCAGCUGCAGCUCCUGCACUUCUGCCUCUUGCUGGGCAUCUCCCUGGCUGCCCUCCUGGGCAACGGCCUCAUCAUCAGCGCCGUAGCCUGCGGCCACCACCUGCACACGCCCAUGUUCUUCUUCCUGCUCAACCUGGCCCUCAGCGACCUGGGCUCCAUCUGCACCACUGUCCCCAAAGCCAUGCACAAUUCCCUCUGGGACACCAGGAGCAUCUCAUACAAUGGAUGUGUUGCGCAGGUCUUUUCCUUUCUGCUCUUUAUCACAGCAGGGUAUUCACUCCUGACCAUCAUGUGCUACGACCGCUACGUGUCCAUCUGCAAACCCCUGCACUACGGGACCCUCCUGGGCAGCAGAGCUUGUGCCCACAUGGCAGCAGCUGCCUGGGCCAGUGCCUUUCUCAAUGCUCUCAUGCACACGGCCAAUACAUUUUCCCUGCCCCUUUGCCAUGGCAAUGCCCUGGGCCAGUUCUUCUGUGAGGUGCCACAGAUCCUCAGGCUCUCCUGCUCACACUCCAACAACCUCAGGGAACUUGGGCUCAUUGCAGUUAGUGCCUGUUUGGUAUUUGGCUGUUUUGUGUUCAUUGUUUUCUCCUAUGUGCAAAUCUUCAGGGCCGUGCUGAGGAUCCCCUCUGAGCAGGGACGGCACAAAGCCUUUUCCACCUGCCUUCCUCACCUGGUUGUGGUCUCCCUGUUUGUCAGCACUGGCAUAUUUGUUCAAUUGAAGCCUCCCUCCAUCUCCUCCCCAUCCCUGGAUCUGGCCCUGUCAAUUCUGUACUCAGUGGUGCCUCCAGCCCUGAACCCCCUCAUCUACAGCCUGAGGAACCAGGAGCUCAAGGCUUCAGUGUGGAGACUAAUGACUGGAUGCCUUCUCAAAGCAUUACCUUGGCCCAUUCAACUUCACAAACUCUAA